UAAUAAUAAUAAAGAAUUACGGAGUAUAAAAACCUUUGUUGAUGUAUGGUUCAUUGCACACUGGACGGAACAUCAUCCAAAACUCUCGCGCGGAGCGCCAUCAGCGCCGACUAUCUCCGUCAAGGCAUUUUUAAGCUGUUAUAGUUUGAGAUAUUCAAAAUCAGUCACAUAGGAUGGCAGCACUGUCUCUGCAGAGCUCAUUCGUAUCCCUGAAGCUGUCGACCAACUCAUUUCUGGGUCAAUGCUUCUCUCCCACCUACCUCCCUAUGAUUAAAACAACAGAGCAGCCCAGCUCGAUUGUUGCAAAGCUUAAACGAUGGGAACGGAAAGAGUGCAAACCAAACAGCCUUCCGGUGCUACACAAAAUGCACGUUAAAGUUGGGGACACUGUCAAAGUCAUAUCCGGGAAGGACAAAGGGAAAGUGGGCGAGGUUGCUCGGGUUAUUAAGCACAACAGCCACAUCGUAAUAAAAGAUAUCAACUUAAAGACAAAGCACGUGAAGAGCAAGGAGGAAGGAGAACAGGGGCAGAUAAUCAAGAUCGAAGCGCCGAUCCAUAGCUCAAAUGUCAUGCUCUACUCGAAAGAACAGGAUGUGGUGAGCAGAGUCGGGCAUAAAACUCUCGAAAACGGUAAACGGGUUCGGUAUCUAAUUAAGACGGGCGAAGUAAUCGACAGCCCGGAGAAAUGGAAGAGAGUUGUGAAGGAACAAGAGAAACCUGCAGAAGUAGCUGCUGCGGCUGCCUCUUAGCCGUAUCGACAUUGUGCCGAUGUAUCGAUUCGAAACAGGUACAAUCUUUCACUGCCUGUGCCUGAUUUAUUUCUUCAUUUUGGAUGCUUCAUACUUGUUAAAUGUUAGUUGGUGAUAAUCUUGUUCUUGUGUAUUUUUCUUGUACAUUUUUGUUUGAGUUAUUAGUCAUGAAAUUUUUCUAUUGCA